CGUAGUGCUUUAAUUAUAAUAAUGAGUAUAAUUGUUGUUGAAACUAGUUGUGAGGGGCUAAAAUAAGCUUUAUUUGCUUCAACCAUAUUUCAUAUUAUACAAUAACUUUUCAAAGUCAAUGUAACAUAUCUUUGCAUAAUAUUUCUAAUAUUUUUCUAUUUAUUAACGGUUUCAGUAGAUAUGUCAAUACUCGAUUACUCAUCAAUCUUUUGUUAGCCAUCGCUUUCCUUAUCUCUAGAAUUUUUUAUACGUCAACUAUGUAAAUGCAAAUAAAGCUAAAAAUACAGUGCAUUGUGAAGCAAAAAUCAAAGCGACCGUUUCCAUGACAGUCGGCUCUACAUAACCGAAACGCACCCGGUUUUUUAUCUGGCUAAGAACUGUGAACUUAACAGCAUUCUUCAAAAUUUUUUCAGGCAUGUUUUUUGCCGCUACAACAACAAAAAGCAAAGCGAUGUAAUGUGAUGAUGUGAUCGUUUCUGCUAUCUCAAUCCAAUCACUGUUUGUUGGUAGAAUGUUAACACAUGCCGAUUCCCGUAACGUAGACUCGACUGUUGUGGAAACAAAUACAAUUUGCAGUAAACUUGGGUAGCGUGAAAGCUUUGGUAAUUUAUUCGAAAAAUGUUUACGUCAAAGUUGCUUGCUAAUAUUUUUCUAAUCUUUACUAACAUUAUCGGCUUAGGUUUCACUAUGCAUCCAGCCUUAGUUGCUAAUUGACAUGUGUUGUAUAUAAGUAUAAUAUAUGUGUGUGUAUAUGUAGAUAUAAGCAUUUGCGUUCGAUAAUGUAUUUUCAACGCAAUAAUUCACAUUUUUUAUCAGUUGCGUCGUUUUUAUUAAGUGACGCUGGAAAUAUUUUUAUUGCUAUAAUUUUGCAACAAAUAUUGUCGACAUCUGUCGAUGCUUUGUGUUGUAGAUUUUGUUAAAUCAAAGGAGGUGAUCAUGCGCGCCGUACGCACCGAUCGCAAAUUCUGGGAAUUCGGUCGAAAAUUGGUCGCCGCAUUGUGGGAUGCACAUGCGCGCAUUUAUCACGGCUACGAGGUGAUCGGCAUGGAAAAUAUACCAGAAACUGGACCAGCAUUGAUUGUUUACUAUCAUGGCGCGAUACCCAUUGAUAUGUAUUACUUAAAUUCACGCAUAAUAUUGCAAAAGGAUCGGCUAAUAUACACAAUUGGCGAUCGUUUCCUAUUCAAAUUGCCCGGUUGGGGCACAAUAUCCGAAGCAUUCCAUAUUAGUCCCGGUACGGUGCAAUCGUGUGUUGGCAUACUAAAGGAGGGCAACAUGUUGGCCAUAUCGCCAGGUGGCGUCUACGAGGCACAAUUCGGCGAUCAUUAUUACGAGCUGUUGUGGCGCAAUCGUGUCGGUUUUGCGAAGGUCGCAUUGGAAGCAAAGGUGCCGAUAAUUCCAUGUUUUACACAAAAUUUGCGUGAAGGUUUUCGUCAAUUGGGUAUUUUUCGCAAUUUCUUUAUGAAACUCUACAAUGCGGUGCGCAUACCAGUCUAUCCGAUCUAUGGUGGAUUUCCGGUGAAGUUUCGCACAUUUAUCGGUCGACCGUUAGAGUAUGAUGGCACGCUCACGCCGGAAGAAUUGCAAUUGAAGGUGGCAGCCGCUUUGGAGGAGUUGAUAAAUAAGAACCAACGCAUACCCGGCAGCAUAUUUCACGCGUUGCUCGAUCGCUUUCCACCGUUUCGUAGUAAACGAAAAGUCUAAAAACAAAAUUUUGUUUUAUUUAUUAAUUAAUGUGCUUAGUGUAAAGGUGUGCGCCCGUAUCAGUAACUGUUUACACUGUUUACAGAAAAUCUCCAUAUACUCUCUUGUGUUAUUGAAGUUUUUCUUUUAUUUCUUUUGAGGGGAGGGAAACGCAAAGACUAUUCGCUAUCUAUAGAAAUAAUUUUAUUGCGCGUAUUUUUGACAACUUUGCGUAGAAAAAAAGAAAAAAAAUAAAAAAAUAAAUAAUUAAACAAAGUAUAUAAUAAAUAAUUAUAAGUAAUUGAACAAAAGGAUUAUAAAACGAAAACUGCAUCUAUAAAAAUUAUUAUUUAUUACAUACUAGUGUAUCACUAAUCCAUCUACAGACGCGCCAAUUAAAGUUCAGCUUUCCAUAUUUCCAUAAAUAGCCAUAAGUGUACUUAAUAAAGCAGAACAAUUUUCUAUUAAUUUAUUAUUAAUAAACUCUAGUUAAUUUUAGUAUGACCAGGGGGUUAGGGGUUUUUUAUUUAUACAUAUUUGCAUGUAAAUGUUUUCAGUGAAAUUAUCAAGCGCUAGAGCGCGUACCAUAAAAAUAAUCUGUUUCAAAUAAGUUAUAGUUUAUGUAAACAUAUUUUUUUUACAAAUAUAUCAAAGAAUGACAAUUAAAUUGUAUAGCUUAAUAUUAAUUUAAGAUUGUUUAACUAUUUUACUUACAUACAUACAUACAUACACACAUAUAUGUAUUAAUUCAACGGUAUUGACAUUGUUGUCUCAGUAAAUGCUUAGCGAAACGAAAAUAUGUAUUGUAUUGAAAGAAAAAAAUAAAUAAAUUAUCUUAAUUUAUUGUGUAUUAAAUGGCGUGUGGAAAAUAAAAGUAUAUCAUAAAAAAAAACAUAUAAAA